UUGCAAACGGCAUGGUGUCAUGAGUGGUGGCUGCUUUUAAGUUGACGGUCAUUUCUGAACAGAGCCGGUCUGGAGUUUAUCCUCGCGCUGUGAGAUAAAAGAAGCUUUUCAGCACUACAGUGGACACUGCGAAAGAAAACUGUAAACAGCCCAUGGCGUUAACUGUGAACUGGUGGACACUGGCUUUGAGCGCCUGUCUCGUGCUGAUGGUUCGCGCCGAAUGCAGCAGAGACUGUGCGCUCUGCGUUUACCGGCUGUUCCGUCAACGGACAGAAAUGGACACACUGACCUGCUCAUUACAGUGUGAAGGGACAGUGGACUCCAGAAAACUAGAAAUCUGCAAAAACAUCCUCAGUGAAGAAGAUCGCCUUGCAUUGGACAACCUCAGACAAGAGGAAGAGAGUGCAGACCAUCUUCUCACCAAAAAAUAUGGUGGAUUCAUGAAGCGUUAUGGGGGCUUCAUGAUCAAGAAAGCAGCAGAGAUUGGCAUGGGAGCCCCACCUGAGAAGGACGGCAUAGAGGUCAUUAGUAAGAAAUAUGGAGGCUUUAUAAAGAAGGACAAGGUAGAAGGUGGAGUGGAAGACCAACAGGUAGAGCUGUUGAGAGAGAUCCUCAGGGUAGGUCUCACCUCAGAGUCAGAUGAGCAUCAUGAUAGGGAUAUGGUCAAGCGCUAUGGGGGAUUUAUGAGGAGUGUACAGGGUUUAGGGGAGGCAGGGAGAGACUUGCACAAGAGAUAUGGGGGGUUUAUGCGCAGAGUGGGCAGGCCUGACUGGUUGGACAACCAGAAAAGCAGUGGGUUUCUGAAACGCACUUGGGAGGAUGGAGGCGAGACUGUCCUGCCCAACAUGCAGAAGAGAUAUGGUGGAUUCAUGGAUUAGAAUGUAAACAUGGACACCAAUUGUCAACAAUCUGUUCCUACUUUAUGUAGAGCUUGCACAGUAUUGUACUUGCACUGUAAUUUAAUGUGAUGCCAUUGUAAUUAAUAUUUUUUUUAUGGCUGAAUAUGCCUCCAUAAUGUGAAGUACAGUUACAUUUGUGUUCUCAGUGAAUACGGCUUGUGUAAAAAA